AUGAGUGGAAAGAGAGAAUAUCAACUUGAAGACGGAAAACUUAUUUUAGAUCGUGUUCGUCCUUAUUUUAAUGUCCCUCUUACUUCGCCACCAAGAAAUGUUACUUUAUUGGAGAAAGAUGCAUUAUAUACGGACAUUGCAGCGUAUUUUGAUGCUCCGUUGAAACAAGCCUUAUGUAAAAUAAUAUCGAUUUCAGUGUUACAGAAUAGAAUGAUGUGGGAAAGAUAUCACUCAUUUAAGAAUUUACAUCAAGCGAAAGAACAAGAAGAAAGGACAGCUUUAAAUUUACAAGAUUCAUUUUUUGAAACUUUAUUCAAGGAUACCGUGUUAUUUCAUGGUACUCAACCAGAUAGUGUAACUUCGAUAUUAGAUCACGGUUUAGAUGGUCGAUUCUCAAAUUCGUACGAUAAUUGUGGUCCCGCGAUCUACUUAUCUCCGAGUUUUGAAAAAUGUGAUCUUUUCGCGAGUCGACAUAACCCUUCUCAAAGGUCUUUGGUGGUUUGUGUAACUGCACUUGGUAAAAUACACGAUAAUUCUUUAAAUCCAACAGUUAGUCAUCAUACAAAAUAUCCACCAAGAGGUUAUCAUAGUGUUAAACAUUUUGUUUCUGUCGCUGAUGAAUAUGUUGUAUACGAUAAUUCACAAGUGUUACCAAUAUUAGCUAUUACUUAUGAAAAAAUUGUUCACCAAAAUACCAUAAAUCCUUUCAUAUUACCACCUUUUCAGGUGGUUUCUCCAUUUGUUAAUCAAGGUAUUAGAAAUAAUCAACCUAUUGGAUUCAGUAAUUCUACCUACAAUUUUGGUCCUUUAGCAGCAUUCAAUAUAGCUCCCCAUUCAUCAACAUUUUUUAGGCAACAUAUAUCUUCAUUAAUUAAGCCUUCCGCGCAAUUAGAAUCUAAUUGGAUUAUACGCAAGGCUCAACAAAUGAUGCAUCAAUGGGAAGUUCAAGCUGAUAUAAGUCAAGGACUUGAACAAUUUUAUGGUACUUCAAUGGCAAAUCAACGAUUCUGGCCUGUCACAUCUGGAGGAUUGUAUCCGAAUUUGGUAUCAUAUUUAGAUUUGGUUAUGUCAAAGUGUCGGAAUGGAUCUUCAACAAAUCUGGAUCAAGGAUUAAUUAACACAUUGAAGAGUUUAAACAGUUUUAAAGGAAGAAUUUGUGCUCAAAGGCAACAAGUUGAAACGAAUAGAUCUGUUAAUUUACAACAGAUCCUUACAAUGGCUAAUCAAGAACGAAUUCAAGAAGCAAUUUCAUCUCAAGAGAGUUGUACUAUUUGCGCAGAAAUAAUACUUGCAUUUAGUCAAAAUAAGGAUCUUGUAAUAAUGAACAAUUGUCCUCAUAUAUUUCAUAAAUCAUGUAUUGAGACAUGGCUUAGUAUGCCUUCUUCACAAAUGGUUUGUCCAAAUUGUAAAACUCCAUGUCACGAUCCUAUGGCACCUCCACCUAUUGGACCUAUGCCUGAUGGAGACAUGGCAUAUAUCUUUAGUGAAAAAUUAGGUGCUUGGUUUAUAUGUUAUUGGAUUCCCAAUGGUACCCAAUUACCAUGUCAUCUAUCUCCGGGACAACCUUUUAAAGGAACUACUAGAACAGCUGUAUGCCCAAUUUAUUUUAAAUGGGGUCCACUUUUAUUUAUUCGUCUUAUUUCAGCAUUUUAUUAUCAUCACACAUUUACAGUUGGUACAUCACUUACAACAAAUAUGUCAGAUACCACCACUUGGAAUGGUAUUCAUCAUAAGACUUCGCUUGAUGGAGGUUUCGGUUUCCCUGAUAAAACUUACGAAGAACGUGUUUCUUUAGAGUUAGAUGCAAAAGGGGUACUAUUAUUUCUUAGGGAUUUGGUUUCUGAUUAA